AUGGCUCCAUCUGCAAUCGACGAGCGGAUGCCCCUGGCGCCGCCCGAAAAGACAUACCCGCCAGCAAAGAUAUUCCCUGUCAAGGAGAACAAGUUUGAAAAGUUCAUUGAGCCUGAGACCGAUGGCCGGAAGAAAGCCCUGGAGCAGCCCGGCAAUGCUGCCAUUGUGAUAGAUAAUGGAUCCUCCGCCAUUCGAGCAGGCUGGUCCUUUGAGUCCGCGCCGCGAUUAAACAUCCCGCCCGUCAUGGCCAAGUACCGCGAUCGAAAGCUCGGCAAGACCUUCUCCUUUGCUGGUUCAGACUGCUAUGCCGAUACCACGGCGCGCGGCCACAUACGGAACGCCUUCGAAGCUGGCACCGGAAUAAUAAGCAACUGGGACGUGACGGAGCACGUCUUGGACUACAUCUUUCUAAAGCUGGGCAUGAACGAUGCGAGCGCCAUGACCGAGAUCAUUUUCGAAUGCUACGGUGCACCAUCUCUUGCCUACGGUAUCGAUUCGCUCUUCUCAUACAGACAUAACAAGGGAAAGACCGGAUUGGUGGUGUCUUCUUCCCACACAUCUACCCACAUAAUACCCGUCUAUAAUUCGAAAGCGCUCCUUUCCCAGGCUACACGGCUCAAUUGGGGCGGCUACCACAAUGCCGAGUAUCUGCUCAAGCUGAUUCGGUUAAAGUAUCCCGCAUUUACGGGCAAACUCAACUCCUCGCAAGCAGAGAACAUGGUGCGGGAUCACUUCUACGUCUCAAAAGACUACGAUACCGAGAUUCGCGACUACCUUGACUGGAAAGGACUAGAAGACCGAGAUAUAGUCAUCCAGUACCCAUACGUAGAGGAAGUGAUUGUUCAAAAGAGCCAGGAAGAGCUGGAUCGCAUUGCGGAGCGCAAGAAGGAGAGUGGAAGACGGUUACAGGAGCAGGCUGCCAAGAUGCGGCUCGAAAAGCUCAUCAAGAAAGAGCAGGACUUGGAGUAUUACAAAGUCCUGCAGGGCAAAAUCGUCGAUGAGACGAAAAAGGAAACUCGACGUCUUCUCGACAGCCACGACAUUAAAGAUGAGAACCAGCUCGAGAAGAUCAUCAAGGAACUGGAGAAAUCCAUUAAAAAGGCCCGCACCAAAGACGUCGGAGGCGACCCCGAGGAAGAACAAGAGCAGCCAGACUUUGGCCUCCUAGAAAUCCCCGACGAGGAGCUCGACGAAGCACAAAUAAAGCAAAAGCGCCAGCAGCGCCUCAUGAAGUCCAACCAUGAAGCCCGCGCCCGCGCCAAAGCCGAAAAGGAGGCCGAAAAGGCCCGCAUCGCCGAAGAAGAGCGCCUAGAUCAAGAACGCCGCGAAAACGACCUCGAAGGCUGGCUCGGCGAGAAACACCAAGCCCUGCAGAACGCCCUCCAGAAGAUCAAGGAGCGCGACAGGCUGAAGCAAGACCUCGGCAACCGCAAGUCGCUUGCCUCCCAGAUCCGCAUGAAGAGCAUCGCCAACCUCGCCUCCGACAACCCCACCAAGAAGCGGCGGCGCGGCGGCGACGACGACAACUUUGGCGCAAACGACGACGACUGGGGCGUGUACCGCCAGAUCGCCGUGGGCGACAACAGCGACGAAGAGCAGGAGGAGGAGGAUCUCGCGUCGACGCUCAAGACGCUGGAGCAGGAUCUGCUCCGGUACGACCCCAACUUCACCUACGAAAACACCCAGGACGCCCAGACCGUGUGGUCCAAAUCCCUCCUGCACGCCUUUGCCCGCGGCCCACGCCCCAUCGACCCGGCGUCCCAAGCAGAGCUGCACCAGAUCCACCUCAACGUCGAGCGCAUCCGCGUGCCAGAGGUGGUCUUCCGCCCGUCCAUUGCAGGCGUCGACCAGGCCGGCAUCAUCGAGAUUGCAGGCGACGUGCUGAACCAGCGCCUCGGAUCGCUGCCCAACCGCGACGACUUCCUCAAGGACAUCUUCCUCACGGGCGGCAACACUCUGUUCCGCAACUUUGACGAGCGCGUGCGCGAUGGGCUGAGGGCUUUACUGCCGGCAGAUUCGCCGCUGCAUGUGAGGAGGGCAGAGGACGCGCUGCUGGAUGCGUGGAAGGGGGCUGCGGGGUGGGUUGGGAGCUCGGCGUGGAAGACAGCGACGAUAUCGCGGGAGGAGUAUCAGGAAAAGGGGCCGGAGUAUAUCAAGGAACACGACAUGGGCAAUUCAUACGCGUGA